GUUUAAAGAGCUAUCUUCUCCACAUCAAAAGGCAUUAAGUGAAACUCAUUAUCUCUUGAGAGAGAUCUACUGUUGUAAGCAAUGAAACAAGGAAGGAAGAGUUGUGACCAAAAGAAAUCAUUCGUACGAGCUGAUUUCCCCCAAGGUUUCUUGUUUGGAACUGCUUCAUCUGCUUACCAAUAUGAAGGAGCAGUGAAAGAAGGUUCCCGAGGAGAAAGUAUGUGGGAUGCUUUUGCUCGCAAGUAUCCAGAAAGAAAUUGCCGCUCUAACGCGGACGAGACCGUUGAUUUCUAUCAUCGUUACAAGGAGUAUAUUCAAAGCAUGAAGGAUAUAAAUAUGGAUGCUUUUAGAUUCUCCAUCUCCUGGGUCCGGAUAUUACCUUAUGGCAAACUAAGCAAGGGAGUGAACAAGGAAGGAAUUAGAUUCUACAAUGAGCUCAUUGACGAACUACUAGCCAAUGGAAUUACACCUCUAGCAACUUUGUUUCAUUGGGAUACACCUCAAGCUCUAGAAGAAGAAUAUGGCGGAUUUCUAAACGAAAACAUUGUAGUGGAUUUCCGAGAUUUUGCUACCAUAUGCUUUGAAGAAUUUGGAGACCGAGUGAAGCUAUGGUUAACAAUAAAUGAACCAUGGGUCUAUAGCGUAGGUGGCUAUGAUGCGGGAAGAAAAGCUCCAGGACGUGCCUCAAAAUACAUGAACGAUGCAGCCAUAGCCGGAAAAUCCGGUCACGAGGCUUAUAUCGUUAGUCACAAUCUUCUUCUGGCUCAUGCCGAAGCCGUAGAAGCCUUCAGGAGUUGCCGUAUUUGUAAAGAUGGAAACAUUGGUAUGGCGCAUUGUCCUUUGUGGUACGAGCCAUAUGAUUUAGCUUGUGUUGAAGAUAAUGAAGCAGCCGAGCGAGCUAUGGAGUUUAUGUUUGGAUGGCACAUGAAUCCAACGGUGUACGGAGAUUAUCCCGAAGUGAUGAAAAAAAUUGUUGGAAAGAGAUUACCGUCUUUUACCGAAAGCCAAUCAAGAAAGUUAAAAGGAUCUUUUGACUUUAUUGGUAUUAACUAUUAUAGCUCUGUUUACGCUAAAAACGUUGCUGAAGUAGAUCCCGACAAGCCAUUUUGGAGAGCAGAUCAACAUGUUGAAUGGAAAAAACAAAAUAAAGCAGGCAAGGCCAUUGGUGCACAGGGUGGGGUUGACUGGAACUUGAUGUAUCCACAGGGAUUACGAAAAGUUCUGAAUUAUGCCAAGAAUAAAUAUGGAAACCCUAAAUUUAUAAUCACUGAAAAUGGACAUUGUGAUGCAUACGAAAAGAAGAAGCCAAAAAUCUGUGAGUUGAUGGAUAUGAAGAGGACUUAUUAUCACAAGAAACAUAUUAGCAACCUUCACAAGGCCAUAUAUGAGGAUGGAGUCCAAGUAGGUGGAUAUUUUGCAUGGUCAUUGCUGGAUAAUUGUGAAUGGAAUUGCGGAUAUGAAGUACGGUAUGGAUUGUUCUACGUGGACUAUGAAAAUGGGCUUGAGCGUUAUCCAAAAAUGUCGGCGAUGUGGUUCAAGGAGUUCUUGAAGAAAAGAGACGAAGACAUGGUGAAAAAAUCACAAGCGAAAAGGGUUAAGGUGUCGGAGUUUUAAAGCUAAGCAAGUGUAAUGUAAUAACUAAUAACUAAUAAGGGUGAUA